AUGUAUGCAAGCUCGAACUUUAAUUUGUUCGAAAACAGGGAUAUGCUUGAAGUAAAUGUAAGUCAAGGCUUUUUUAAGCCUUGAGAAUUAUUUUUAUUUGAAAUUUUUGAAAAGAUUUUCCAUCUAAAAUACAAUGAAAAAGUAAAAUUCCGUCAGCAAAUUAUCACAGAAAUUUUUACCAAUACUUUGAUGAGUCUACAGAUGAUUUCUCUUGCUUGAUACGCUACUAUGGAUAUAUCAGAGUGAGACUAUUAUUAUGGGUUUUGAAAAUUGGUUGGAUACUUAAACUUUGUUAGUUUUUGUGACUCAUUGCAGAUUAUUGAGUUAUGCCUAUACUUACAAAUUUUUCUAAUAGGGUUUUGCAUGGCUAACUUUUUACUUAUUUUAAUCUAUAGGAUUUUUAAGAAAAUUUAUCAUCCUACAGCUUAUUUUAUUUUGAGAAAAGUAGCUGAAUUUUUAUCUACUAUAUUUUAUAUCCCUUGCACUUUAACAUUAAGUUUACUAUUCAAAUAUUCAAUAUUAGACUAUCCUUUAAUUGAAGAGUUUUCUGGUAAGCACGAUGCAGUGAAAAUCAAUUUGGGACCUGCUGGAGCAUUUUUGAGUCUUAUUUUGAUGGGAUUUUUAUAUCUAAUGGCUUUAAUUUACACUUUAUUUUCAGCUGAUAUUAGACAUUUUUACGUAACCAAAAAUUUUGUUUCCAAGUCAAAUUCGACAGCAGAUUUGUAUCUUGUGUCGUUUAUCACAGCUGAAUGCUGACUUUUUGUUUUAUUUGGCUAUAAUUCUACUCUAUAUUAUCAAACAGCUCUAGCUUGCUUCUCGAUAGGUAUUUUUUUAUCAAUAUUUUAUUCCUUACCUUAUUAUAACCCUCUUGAAAAUGGCAUAAAAGCCUUUAACAUUUUAAGCCUUGCAAUUGCGUCAAUAAUUUUUUUAUUUGGAAGAAUGAUUGACAAUUCCUUAAUUAUUAUCCUACUCAAUAUAUUUUUGCAACCUUUAUUAUGCUACUUUACAAUUAGAGGAGCAAAAAUUAAUUUUUUUCAUCUAAAAUUAAAAGGAGGGAUUCCGAAAAAUCAAUAUGAUUUUGAAAGGAUUUCUAGACAUAUUUUAUGCCAACGAAAGCAAGAUAAUCCUUCGCAAGUUAUUGAUUAUUUUACAAAGUGUUCCAAAGAUAAGAAUUUUAAAAAAGAUAGAUUGUUUGUGGUAUGAGAGGUAAACUUUUGCCUUUAUAUAAUGGAAGAUGAAAGAUUAGCAAGAAUUAAAUUAAUACAGAUUUUAUCAGAAUUACCAAGUGCAGAAGGGAUGGUUCAGUCCUGAAGAGCUGUAAAGCAUGUUGAUGAAAUAAGCUCAGAUUUAUUUACUGAUGUAAUUUAUUUAUCUUAUUUAACCGAUUUAUAUAGAGUAAAACGGCAAGAUGAAGAAUUAUGCUAUUCUUUACUAGAUUUGUGAUCAGAGAUUUCGUCUAAAAGCCCAAGAUUUUUUAAGCUUCACCAUUUAGUGAUAAUGAUUUCUGACUAUAUUUCAGAUAUAAAGAAGGUUUAUGAUGUUUUAGUAACAAAGCACAAACAUGCUCAAAUAUUUGAUCAAUAUAUUUCAUUUCUCGAAAAUAUUCUGCUCAGGAUUAAUUAGUAUUAAUUUAUUAUUUAAAUAGCUAUUUUCCUGUAAAAUUAUAUAUAUUAAUUUUUAUAUGAUCGAAUAAUUCAAUUUAACUUUUAUAUUUUAGGCGACUCCGAUUAUGCUAAUAUUAUAAACUCUCGUAAGAUCGGCCUACAGAACGCUGCUAAUUCUAGGGGUGGAGAUGAAAACUUGUUAAAUCCCUAUAGUGACAAAAAUGGAAUUUUUUUAAUCUCAGUUAACCAAGAGUCGUUUGGAUUAAUAUCAUAUAUCAACGAAAAAGCUGCACAAAUUUUAAGGGUUUCAACAACUGAUGUUAUCGGCGCUCCAUUUUAUCAAUUUGUUCCUUAUCCUUAUUCAAUAGGCCAUGACUGGUUCCUCAAAGAAUAUUUUCAAAAUUGUUCGAGGCCUGAAAUAAUUAAGCGUAAUUGAAUGUUUUUACAAAAUCAGAUGGGAUACUUACUCCUCCCUCAGUGAGUGAACAAAAAAACUUGUUCGCUCACGGAGGGGGGUUAAUUUUUUUUUAAAAAAUUUAUAUAUAAAAAUUUUAUAGAAUUUUUUUUUUCAAAAUUUAAAAAAAUCCUAAUUUGAAAAAAUUGGAAAGCAAAUAUUAAUUUAAUCUGUAAAAAAUGUUUAAAAUGCAAUUUGUUUUAAAUUAAAUAGAUUUCAUUAUACUAAUUAUCACUUAUAUAUAAAAAUUUUCUAUUUAAAAAAAUUUUGUUCACUUGCGUAGUGUGGGUUUUUGGGCAAAAGAACAAGGAUUUUUCUAAUGGUUUUGUUCGUUCACGGAAGGGAGGAGUUAGUGGAAUGCAAAUUUAUUAUAAGAAUCACAGCAUUAAGUAAUUGCGCAUAUAUAUUAGUGUCAAUAAAAUCAAGAGACACAACUAGGCAAAUUGCAAUGCUAUCAAGUGAUGGAAUUAUUUAUAAUUACAGUGUAUUAUUUCCUCAUUAUAUAGGAGCAGGAAACCAAAAUAUCAGAUGAAUGCACCUAACUAGUUUUAUGCCGAGAAUGUAUAUAUCAGAAAUGCGAGUAUGUGAGCCAUAUAUUAUUAAUUUAGGAGGCCAAGAAUUAGCAUUUGCGCAUAGAACGAUUCAGUUGAGAACAGCAUUAAUCCAUGUAUUAGUUGUGAUAAAUGACGAUAAAGAAAUUCAGUUGUGAAAAGAAAGAAGAGAUACAGAUCAAAUUGAGUAUUUUGGAACAGGCGAUAUUACUGACGAAGAAAUUCGGAUUCAUGAGAGUAUGAAUUUUUCAAUAACUCCCCCUUGAUUUGUUAGCAAAAUUUUUAGCUUAUAAUUUAAUAUUUUUUAAAAUAAACUAACCCCUGCUAAUUAGCAGCAAAAAUUUUUGCUUGCCAUAUCAGGGAGGAGUAAGUAGAAUCAGCAAGCUUGGAAAAGUCAAAUUUCAAGAUCUUCAAGACCAAGAAAACCGGAUGGAAUCACCGAAUCACAGCGAAGCAGAUUCUGGUGCACAAUUUUUGGAUGACACUUUGAAUGCGAUGAGUGAUUUAGUAGAUGAAGGUAAGGCAGAAUCACUUUUUGAAAAGCAAGCCCAAAAUACUUCUUCAGGUAUAUUUUAAAUAGUUAUCAUCCAAAAAUUAGUUGAUGAUACCACAAAAUAUUUCAAAACAUUUGAAAUUAUUUUAUUUUUUUCUAUUAUAGCAACAAUUGGCAUGAGUAUAGGAGUAUUAAUAUACACAUAUAGAGACGUUCAACAUACAAGCGAAAUAACUAUUUUCACUCAUCUGGGCGAGCUAUGAUAUAGAUUCAGCCAUAUGGGCGAUACAACAAGAACACUAUGAUUUGAAACUAAUUAUGGAGUAUUAAAUGUUACUCGAGAGUUCUUAUCAUUCAACGAUACAAUAAAUACUCUGAUAUUCAUUAAAAACGAACUGCUAAAUGAUCUGUCUGAAUGAACUUAUUGUUCUGCAUCAAGCAUUGUGACUGAUUCUAAAAUAGGAAUUUGGAAUUUCGAUGGACCUCCUCACAUAGACAAUUAUAAUCUCUAUGAUACUGUCCAAUUAUUAAUUUCAGCUGUAAUAAUUAUUUAGGGACAAACUCUGAUGGCUAAAAUUGAAAGAAAAGUAUCAAUUAUUGAUGAGGCUCAGUUUAUUAUAAUUAAUUGUUUAGGAACAGCUUAUAAUGCUGUUACAAAUACGAUAAAAGAUUUAGGCAACUGCGAAGAAAGUAGAGUAAAAGAAAAUGGAACAAAAAUCACUCUACUUUUAUUUUUUGGGAUUUUAGCUGUGGGAUGCUUUCAUGCAAUUUUGAUCUAUUAUAUUUAUUUGAUAAACAGAAAAUAUAAUGCAUUUUGGAGUUUUGUACAGCAAAUAUCAUCAUUGUCAUAUAUAGAUUUACGAAUGGCAUGUGUAGACAGGCUCUCCAAUGUUCAUGGGAUUGAGUAUGAUCUUAUAGAGAAUUCUGUGCGCAUUCGAUCACAAAAAGAUAAGGCUGCAAAAAUUCAUACCAAAAUCUAUAUAAAAUUGAUCCUUCACUUAUCAAUUUUUUUUCUUAUUGUUUUGUUUUACUUUUUAUUCCAAAAAUUUUAUUUAUAUGAUAAGUGUGAAAAUCUAAUGAAAAAUCGCCCAUAUUUGAUCGAAAAUUUUUCUUACAGAAGAGCAACACUGUCAAUGCUCUCACUUUUUUCUAGAGAUACAAACACUCAAGAAUACAAAAAAUGAUUUCCUCUUUCCUAUGAUUUCACAAACUCGUGGAGCGAGUAUAAGCAAGCAUCUGAAAUUCUCAAAAAAAAAGGCUUAGAAGCAAGGAUUAGCAAAUUUAAAAUAUUAAUGUCUGAUAAACUCAAAAAAAGAGUUUUUGAAGGCAUAGACACUUAUAAUAUGAAAUUGCGUCUAGGAGAUUUAGCUGCAACAAAUUUAGUCUAUUUUGAUGCAGUUUAUAUAGCUGCUGCUGCUCAGCAAAUGAAUACAGUUAAUGAUAUCUGAAACUUUGUAGAUAGUAUUUAUCAGCUACAAGUUGAGAUGGGGAUUGAUUAUCAAAUGGCCAGCGAAGACUCCAAAGAUGCUAUUAAUUUGCAAUUGUCCUAUAUUGUAUAUACUACGAUUAUGUUUUCAAUUGUCCUAAUUUCGCUGUAUGUUUUUUAUUAUUUUCCUUUGCUGAGGCACGAAAAAAUUGUAUUAAAAAAGCUUCAAAUUAUGACGCAGAUAAUUCCAUGCACAAAUAAUCAUUUAAAAGAUCUUACCAUAUAA